GUUUGUCACUCCAGCUGUGUGUCCAGCUGUGUAAAUGACAUUUUCUAUAUAAAUUUUUAAUAUCAAUUUGUAUGCAGCCGGUGAUAUUUAAAUUUAAUAAUCAGAAAAGCAGUGAUUUGUUAUGAUUUCUUGAACAAAACUUUUAAUUUUUAUAGUUAUUUUCACACAUGCUACUUAGUUAUUAACAGUAUAUGUCAAGUAGAUAGCAAGAAAUGCAUGUCUAGGUAGGAAUUUUAAUUCAACAAUGUUAUAAAUAUUACAUAAAUAAAAAGAAUGGAUCCACGAGACAACCCUGCUCCCUAUAUGGGUGUACACUUGCAUGACCCUUAUAAAUACCCAGAUAUAACAAGCCAAGAGGAUUAUUACUCAAACAGAGAUCUUUUAGUUCAGUAUGCAAAUCAGAAGAGUCCUAAGCGUUACCAAAGCUACGAAGAUGUGACUGUAAAACGUUAUAUUGGUUCUGGUGUCGCUUUUGUUAGUUUAAUAACAGAAAAUUUAUUAAGUCAUCCAUUUUUAAUACUGCGUAGACAAUGCCAGGUCAAUCAUUCUUCAAUUCGCUAUCACUUGUUACCUUUUACGUUAGUACCAACAGUAUGUCAUUUACAUCAACAUCAAGGACUGACAACGUUAUGGAAAGGUUUAGGAUCAGCUCUUCUUGUAAGAGGCAUGACAUUAGGUAUAGAAGAUUUAAUUUCAAAGCUUACCCCAUGGCCAAAAGAAAUAGGUUGGCACAGUAGCUUAAAGCAGUUUUGUCAACAUACUAUGUUAAAAUGUGCAAGCCUAGCUUUAGUAACACCUUUUUAUUCGGCAUCAUUUGUUGAGACUGUCCAAAGUGAAAUUGCUAGUGAAAGACCUGGCAUUUUGGAUGUUUUUAGAGAAGGUUUUAUAAGGCUGCUAAACUGGGGAGCUCCAGCAAAGGGCCGGAUGUUACCUAUUUGGGCCCUUAUUGUUCCAACUGUGGCCCUAGGAAUAACAAGAUAUUUAUUUUCCAUGAUGAUUAGAGGGGCUGCAGCUAGGAUAUUGCAGUGCACUAGCUCAAAAGAUGUCAAUAAUCAAGCAGCCCAGGAAAUUAACUUAACGGCAUCUGUGACUGCUACCAUAGCCAGUGAUAUUGUUUUCUAUCCUUGUGAGACAAUUGUGCAUCGCUUAUAUUUACAAGGUACACGUACUAUUAUAGAUAAUCUAGAUAAUGGAAGUUCAGUAAUUGCAAUUCUAACAAGCUAUAGAGGUGUUAUGGAUUGUUACGACAGCUGUAUCUCACAAGAGGGUACAGCAGGUCUAUAUAAAGGGUUUGGUGCUCUUAUUCUCCAAUAUGCUGCCCACAUAGCUUUGAUAAAAGUGUCCCGUUUUCUUUUAUCCGAAAUUGGAUCUUUAUUGGAGAAACCAAAACCAAGAAUACCUCUACCUACAGAUAAUUCACCUCCAGCUGUAUCAAAUAUAACUAAUCCACCGAAAUCGUAUUUGUUACCAUAAUGGGUCUAGUCUGGUUCGAGAAAUACUGAGAAUGCUGUUUAUGUUAAUUUUGUUGUAAUAUUUUAUUUAUUUUUUAAGUUUCAGUGAGAAUGACAAGAGUAAUUGUUAUUAUUUUUGAAAUAAAAUGCUACAAACUAC